CGAAAUGCUGAUGCUAACGAGCAUUUGGGACGUUGAGUGAUGCACUUCAACGUUGAUUCUAUUUGCAAUGGCUUGCAAUCGACAAAGAUUAGGGAAAGGAGUGAUACAUUGUCCAUUCUAGAGGAUUACAUUCAAGCUAAUGCAUUGUCUACAACUGCUGCAAAAGUUGGUAGUUCACUUAUGGUCCUGACAUUUGACCUUAUUAAUUAUGAGAAAGUUCUAUUUCUCAAGUCCGAGUCCAGCUCUGUUGAGAAUAGGCUCUGCAGAGCAUCUAGCUGUGUGAAAUCUUUAGUGGAACAGGCAGUUAGGAAUAUGUCAAAACCAGAAUUACCUACCAAAUUUAAGUUUCGCUACAAGCAUUUCCUAUUGAUACUCAACAGUAUACGAGACACUAUAACAGUUGAAGACCCUGACCAGCUCUUUUGGCCAUGCAGUCUCGACCUCAUUCUCACGGUUUCUACCAUUUUGCAACAAGGAUUUGUUAAGGACCACCUUGGGCAGUCUGACUGGCUAAAAGUAUAUAGAUUUCUCGUCCGAAUUAUAACGGUGGUUCUGCUGCAGCAAUUUCCCCUUCAAAAUGAAAGAAUCCUUCUUGAACUGUUCAAUUCAUUGGCAAAUCUUAUUCAGGCUACAUAUCAAAUCUCCGUUACGUACUUACCCUUGAUGUAUAAGAGGGAGUAUUUCAAACUUAUACCUCCAAUCACAAAGGCUAUUCAUAUUAUGACAAGAGAAAAUGCAUUGACAGUUGUGAUACAAAAGAUUAUCAACAAAUUGAUCAUUGUAUUAUCUACAGAGGAUAUUCAAUUUGUCAGCCGUUUAGUACGAUUAGGAUUGAAACAAUUGGUAUCAUACAACAAUACAAAGCUUGAUUCAUUACAACUACAAUUAAUAUAUUUCAUAAAUAUCCCAGCAACUCAUGAUUUUAUAACAUUGAAGAAUAUGCCACACCUUUCGGGUGAGCCAACUAAUGAUAUGGACAUAUCUAUUAGAUCAGGUGACGAGGAAGAUGACGAUGAAGAUGUUGAAGAAGCCACAUACACUACAGAUGAAGACAUCGAUAUUCUUCUUUACAAUCUUAGCUCAGUCAUACAAUCACUUUUUAGCAUUCUGAUCCAGUCAAGAAAUCUCCUUCAAGAACAUGAUAUUGAAUUUUUCUACUCCACUUUAACUGAUGGAGAUUGGUAUACAUUAUCCUCGAUACACUUUACGAAUAGAAAUCCUAAAAGUACGAAUAAUUCCAAUUCUUGGCUACUUCACCUAGGUAUCAGUAAACUACUAAAUACUUUUUUUAAAAUCAAGUUAACCUCAAACAAAAAGCUGAAUUCAGGAACUCCUGAUCCCUUCCGAGUUAAACGACAGAAAACUGAUAUUGUUCAGAAUGAGCUAAUUAAUGCUGAUGAUCCCAUAGAAUUCUGUCUCAAGAUUUUAACAACGAGACCAAAUACAGAUUUUCAAAAGUCUGUUUUACAAGUCUUUAUCUUUUUUCUUCAAUCGAAUACAAAUAAACACCAAACAGAGAAAUGUCAGCUAUCUUUUCCCACCCAACAGAACACCGACAACUCUCUUCUUGAGAUUGAUUAUCCUUCACUAUCGGAUGCCAACUUCACAAAUACAACCACUUCAUUCUCAAUUAAUGCAGCAUUGCAGAUAAUACUAUCACUUUUUGAUUCCGCGUCAAUAUCUUAUUGGUUACUUCUUGCUUCCAAAUCAAUAUUGGAGAAUACUUUACAAUUUAAACCCAGCCUGCCAUCACUUCGACAAUUUCAACAAUUAUUUAAACUUUCUUUGUUAUCAAUCAAUCAUGAAAUUGAAUGCCGAGUUGCUUGCGACCUCAUUCACUUGAUGAGCACACAAAUAUCAAGUCAUGGAUUGAUUCAAGUCGUUGAUUCUUCGAUUGGAGUACAACUAGAGAAUGUCAUCGAUUUGGCUAAUGUUAAUGGUCCAAAUGUCGUAUGUACUCAAAGUUUUCUAUUUUGGUAUAGCGUUUCUUCAAUUGUGAAGCUUGCUAAUUUACCUACUCGAACUGAGGUCCAAAACAAAGCACAAUCUUGGCUUCUUUCCAAAUGGGAUUCAUUUUUAGGUACAUUAAUGCUGGAUGAACAAAUUUGCUUCGACACGAGUUCCGGUUUGGCGGAAUUUGUUGCUUGGCUAUGCGGUGCUAGUAUUUCCUAUAUUCUACCCGGUCCAAAUAUUAAGCAGUGUGCAGAGAAAUCUGAGCAACCUAAUGAUGUCGAAGAGAUGAAUGUAGUAUUGUCCUUUCAGUAUCAUUUACAGCGUUUUAUCAAAGAUCGUGAAAUAUAUUCUAGCGAGAUUAGCAACACUAAGUCUAUAGAUGUUGAUUCGAUUGGAUACAGUAACAACUGCGAAAAUCUAUUGCAAAGAGUGAUAGCCACUUCGGCUAGAUAUCUUGAAAAUGGGAAAAAGUCUGAUUUUGUACUUAUUUGGAUGUCUACUCUAUUAAAAUUCGAGCUCCUCGUUGACAGAAUAAGCAAUUUGGAAUCCGAAUCCACUCUUAUUAGUCUUCAUGGGAAAAGAUUUAUAGAGUUAUUUCUGGAACAAGAUUUAGAUCAUACGCUUGAAAUAAUGGCUAAAUUUGCAGGAAAAUCUGAUUCAUUCCUUAUCCGUGCCGUUUUUACAAACUUCAUUACAGAAAGCACACUCGAGACUACAAUAGAAAGUAUAUUGGAAGUAUUAAACAGUUCAAAGCCGAAUAUCUCAAGCACUGACAUAUUUGACAAUGAAUUUAAACUGGUAAACAAGAUUAUGCUGCAAAACACUGAUAUUUUUUCCCCAAACAGUACUAUAUUGGGGAUUAUGAACUUACUUCUAAUAGCAGUCGACAUUAAAGAAGUUAAGAGAGAUUUAAUAUUCAGGUGUAUUUUUCGAAUCUUAGAUAAGGUUAAUGUCAUAGAUCAAUUAUAUUGCAUCUCGGAAUUGAUUCAAUAUUUAACACUGGAAAACUUUGAAGUCGAACACUCACAACUUCCAAUAUUUAAAAAGUUACUUAGAAUCAUGGGGGAGGGACCACUUGUAAGUCACGAGUUAGAAAGAAAUGAGUUAACGAUUAUUUCAAUAUCAAGACUAUUGGGACUUUUAAUACCAUUGUUGGAUCAUGACGAAGACUUAAAAAAUGACUGGUUGGAUAUGGCUUCGUGGCUUCGACAAUGUGAUGAGAAAAGGUUAAUAAUUACUCAACUCUCGUAUAAGGAAUAUGCAGAAUUUUUGAUUCUGGCUCUGGAAGUGGAUACCGUGUAUGAAGAUUCAUUUUUAUCGAUGUUCACCACUCUUCCAGGGAAUAUCCGUCAAGCUAUACUGAAACAUUUGAGUAACAGGCUCAGCGACUUCCUAAUACCAAGACAAGUUUCAUUCUACCGAAAACUCUUCAAUAAAUUUGAAACCCCACAGGAAUCGAUCGAGGCAUGUGCAUCCUUUUGUUUCUUUUAUGGGACAAUAGCGAGUUGCUCCGCCCCUAUAUUGGCUUCGUCGGUGUUCAAUCUAAUUGAAUAUGCAAGGUUCCACUUUUUUAUACCCUACUUACAGUCGACCUUGGAAUUCAUUUGCCUCCAACUUAAGUUGGAUUCUCCACUUGAACUUUACAAAACUUUGAAACUAGACCUUUUGUUCUUCUGGAUUUCAUACAAUAGCGGAGUGUCAAACUUCCCGUUUGGUCUUUUCGGAUUCCAAGAUAUUGGCACAUUCAUCUCUGCAAAUUAUAAAGACUUGAUUGCAGUAACAUUAUCGUCAAACUCUAAGGAUUUUGAUAGAAAUAAAUUCCUUCAACGAAUCUCAAAUUUGAAAGGUUCUGAUAUUGAAAGUUUAGUAUCUGACAGUUUUGCCUUGACAAUUGCAUUGUCAUAUACUAAGGAUGGAUCAAAAAAUGCAAUUCAUGAUACUUUAAAACAGAUUCUAGGAAAACGAUAUUCUACCCAUUUACGAGAAAAGCUCUUACUAGUUGUUCUAGAGGUUUUCAAAGUCUUAGACAUAUCUGAUGAAGUAAAGAUCUAUGAUAUAGGAUAUACUCGAGAUAUUGUUGACAAGCUAUUUUCACCUACAUCUCGCCCUUCCUCGCUAGAGUUUGAGGCAUCACAUUUGCAGAUUUCUUUCCACUCGGGUAUGGAGUUAUUAAAAGUAAUAAUUUCUAAAAGCUAUCCAAGCUUUUCUAGUUUCUGGAUUGCACCGAAUACGUAUUUUCUAAUGCGAAGAUUGUCCAUAAUAUUACUGCAAUGCAAGACAUCGCAUGAGAAAGUAAUUGUUGUCCGUAAAAUCAAACUAUUGUCUUUAUUCGGAAACGAAGAAUAUUCCAUAGAUCUAUUAGAAUUGGCUGUUAAUACAUUAUGCCCUUUUCUAUGUGAAGUUGAAUUGAGGCUUGAUAUUUGUUUGAUACUUGCAAAUGCGGGGAUUGAUUCGCUCGAAUAUCUGCGGAAAAGAACUCUACCAAUAGUAGUCAAGGUUAUGAAUGCUCUUACACAGACGAAGCAAUUUUCCAUCCAUGAAAGACUUUUAUCAAGAUUAUUGAAAUACGUUGAUAAAUUGGAGGAACAGUCUAAAGUGAAGCCCAUUCUUAUGAAUGUCUUGAACUUAUUAUCUGGAACUGAACCAAGUAUCUCAAUCAAUAAAAUUGAGCAAUUUCUUGAAUCAGAAUCGGAAUUCGAGGAAUGUAAAUCCAAUGGAAAACAGGAAGAUAUCAUCUUCCUUAUUUCGCUGAUAUUUCCAGAUACCCCACCUGAUGCAUAUUUGAUAAACUUACACCCCUUUGUCGUGAAAACGUUAAUCGAAAUUCAAAGUACGAUCUUUUUGGAAGUAGCGAACCAGUUUCCAUUGUGGUGUGGUGUAUAUUUAGCAGAGUAUUAUAUUCAAGGCAAUGCCAUUACUCAUGAUUUUACAAAGAACGAGAAUACCAGUCCUUUAGUAUUUCCGAAAGAUUUCGAAGCUGAUAUAGCAAACGGUAUACUUGAAAAUGCAUUCCUGUUUUUAUCUUCUAUUGACUCCAACGUUGCAGCGACAGUUGAAUCAAUUAUUGGGGUAUUAAUUUGGAAGUUCAAAGCAAAUAAAGCAGAAGUGCAAGGUUUUUUCGAUUUUUCACAUCACUAUGAACGAUUUUCUGCCUAUAUUUCACCCCUUGAUUUCCAUUGUUGUGUCUUGUUGCAAUCUUCAGAGUCUGAAAUUAUCAUUCCCACCGAGCCACUUGUUGAUGUGAUAUUUAGUCUCAAGCACAGAAUUGUCAACUUUGAAACUUCGAACUGGACUAUGCAUUUAUUCAUAGCCUUGAUUUCGGAUCUAGCAAGGUUUACUAGUAUUGCACCAUUGUUUUCUACGUUGGCGUUAAAAGUACCACCAUUUUGCGAGGAGGCAUUACCGCAUCUAAUUUGUACUUAUGUGAACUUAAUGGGCAAUAAAGGGGUGAAAAACAUUGAAGACUUACUAAAAUCCUUUAAUAUCGAAGGUCCAUCUCAAACAAGAUAUUCUAAGCUUUACACAAGAAUAAUCAUGAUGAUUCGAAUUGGAUGGAGAAAGGGCCAAACUCAUUUAAAGCAGAUCUAUUCAAAUUCUGACCUUGUAUUCUUCUACAAUAUUGCUGCCAAGAAUCAUAUGGCUAGGACGGCAUUGCUCUUACUUGAAGAUUGCGUGGCAAUCAAUGCUGAAAACAAGGGAGACGAACUUCAAUUUGAAAGAAUUGAAACUUUAAGAACAAUCUACCAGGAAAUUGAUGACGGAGACUUGGUUUAUGGAUUGCCGAUUGAAAUAUCAUUGAAAGAUAUUAUGCAGAGAAUGAGUAGCGAAUCGGGGUAUUCAUCACAUCUGGUAAAGUUUAGUGGUGGUGUCUACGAUGCUGGUAUUUCUUUGGAUGUAGGAGAUGUACAUCAAGGUGACUUGGUACAUUCCAUGAUCAAAUCAGGGAUGAUGGGUUCAUCUAGACUCGUCAGCAAGGACAUUGGUAAUGGUCUUCCAAAUACUGAUCUGUACGAAUGGGCAUGGAAGCUUAGUACGUGGGAACUCCCAACUCCUUCUAUUGCUUUGGAUAAUAAUGAAAUUAUUUACAAAUGUCUUAAGAGGCUUCAUGAUUAUCCUAUGGAUAUGUUGAAAAAUAGUAUGAAUUCUAUAGUUGAUACAAUGAAAGCGAGGGAUCAGAUAGUUGCUGAGAAGUUGGGGCCUCGCGAACAUAACGCGAACACUAUAGCUUGGCUUAAAUCUAUAGCUAGUAUUGUCAGUGUAUAUGACCUAUUGAGGUAUGACAAAACAAAUGUGUUGAUGCGAGACCAGGCAUUUAUUGGAAAGACCUCAUGGUUUGAAACAACUAACAUAUCCGCGUCUGAGGAUAUUUUAUUAUCACGUAGGGCAGCAUUUCAAAUUUUGGCCAACUAUCCACGCGAACGUCAAUCAUUAGACGUGGAAUCAUACUGGAUAGCAUCUUUAAAUGAAUUGAUACGGUAUAAUUCAGUGGCAAGAUUUUCUAAAGAGCAACAGAAGAUGGUUAAUUCAAUGGUGCUCAUUGAUGAAAUUGCAGGGUCAAAAUUUUUAAAUUCAAAUUCUACAAUUCAAAACCAGAUAGCAAGUUGCUCAAAGUUUUGUUCUGCGUGUACAUUAUGGGAUCUUGGAGAAACUGAUGUCCCAGUUGCCAUGAUGAAGUCACUUAGAUUUUGCGAAGCGAAUGAUAUACCAUUUCAAGCGAUAAAUGUAUCGCCAAGAGUUGUGGAUUCGAUGCUCGUUGAGUGGACAUCUCGCUCGAGGCAAGAACAUCCACUGACUAUCAUGAACCGAUAUGUGAUGCCUAUGUAUCGUCUGGUAUCUGGUUUGCACAAUUUAGAUAGUUUAACUCUAGUAUUUCAAAAACUAGCGCAUUUUUGUGAAAGUCAAUUCAAAGACAGUUCGUUGAACGAGAAAAUUUCAAAAUUGACUACUCUGGUGAAGAGUAGACAACGAGAGAUUGAAGAAAUUAAAUCACAUUAUGGGAAGACCGUUGUUAGUCCAGAAGAGAAAAAGACUAUUUUGCGAUAUUACCUGAAAUUAAAAACACAAUAUCAGACAGAAAAAUCUGAAAUUGAAGAUUUGGAGUCAACUAAGGAUGAAUUAGCAGGGUAUUCAGUUGAAUUCUAUUUAAAGGGUAUAUCAUCUGGAGAGAAUGAUGAAAAUGUUGACAAGUUCUUUGCACUUUGGUUGGAAUUUUCAAGCAAAGAAAAAUUGAAUUUGACCAUUAGAGAAAACUUGAUUGCAAUUCCACCACACAAACUAGUUAGUUGGGGCCCUCAACUUAUCUCAAGACUAUCAAAUGAUGCGACCGAAUUUCAAAAAUCAUUACAUUUCUUGAUUCAGCAAUUAUGUAUUACACACCCUUACCAUUCUCUCUAUAACUUGUUUUCUAUGACAAAGCAAGAAUCAUCUGCUAAAUUAGAUCAGACUUCAACCAUAGCUGCUGUUAAUAUAUGGAAUGAGCUAAAAAAACAUGGUGAUCAGGAAAAACAGAUUCUAGCGUAUGUUGAAGAGUUUUGUGAAGAGGCGAUUAAACUCGCUGAACUUAAGGUUCCAAAGGGUAGGGCGUUGAACUUGAAGAACGUGAAAUCGGGUGUUUAUUUUGCAAAUCAAUUACCUCCAGUUCCUCCUCCUACGAUUGAACUAAAAGUUGACCGUACCUCAAAAUAUGACAACGUGCCACUUCUUUCCAGUAUUGAUGCUAAAGUUGAAAUUGCAACUUCGGGUUUAAGCUUACCAAAAAUUGCCACCUUCUAUUUAACAGACGGCACGAAACACAAAAUGUUACUAAAGCAUGGGGCGGAUGAUUUGCGUCAAGAUUCAAUUAUGGAGCAGGUUUUUGAAAAGGUUAACCUGAUGUUUUGGAAGAAUACUGAAACUAGAAAGAGAAAUUUGCGGAUGAGAACAUAUAAAGCUGUUCCACUUGGACCAAUGAAUGGGAUAAUUGAGUUCGUUCCAAAUUCAAUGGCUUUGAUAGAUAUCAUCAGGCCAUAUCAUGCGACCGCAGAUAAACUUAAAGCUGAGAAGGCUAGAGAAAUGAUGAAAUCGUGUCAGACAAAGUCAAAAGAUCUGCGGGUUAAGGUCUACCUACAAAUAGUUAACAAUAUUAAACCCGUGUUGAAUGAAUUCUUCCUUGAUUCAUUUUUGACUCCAGAGGAAUGGUUCUGUAGCAGAACCUUAUAUACACGUGGAGUGGCAGUUUCUUCCAUGGUUGGACAUAUGUUAGGGUUGGGCGAUAGGCACUGUAAUAAUAUUUUGUUAGACAAAAUGACCGGCGAACCAAUUCAUAUUGAUCUAGGAGUUGCAUUUGAUCAAGGAAAACUCUUGCCUAUUCCCGAGACUGUGCCCUUCAGGCUCACGAGAGAUAUGGUAGACGGAUUUGGAGUCACGGGAACUGCGGGAGUUUUCACCAAGUCUUGUGAGCAUACAUUCAAAGUUUUGAGAGAAAAUAAGGAACAUAUUUUGGCAAUUCUAGAUGUUUUACGUUGGGAUCCAUUGUAUCAGUGGAGUUUAUCUCCAAUAAGAAAGAAUAGAUUACAGGGUGAUGAUGAAAUUUUAAAUAUCCAACCACAUGAAGAGACCUCGGAAGCAGGGAGAGCAAUUCUGCAAGUCUCAGAAAAAAUUGGUAACUCUUUGAGUGUGGAAGCAGCUGUUAGUGAACUAAUUCAAGAAGCAGUUAGUGAGACUAACCUCGCUCUUAUAUAUUGUGGUUGGUCUCCCUUCUAUUAAGUGUUGUGACCU